AUGAGACGGGGUCUCUUUAAGGGCCGGGCACCAGGCGCGAGGCAGGACGUGCCGCCGGGCCGCGCUCGUCCGGACUCGCGCCGGAAGGAAACCGGGUCAGCCCGAUCCGCUCGCCAGGCUAUGCUGCUGCGGCCGCUGCGGGGCUGGGCUUCCCGGGCGCUGCACCGCAUCGGCCCGGGGGACCCCGGAAGCCCCGCCUCGGGCGCUGGGCCGCGGGGGGUGCAGCAGCGGGCCUGGCCUCCGGAUAGAGAAAACGAAAAAGAGAAAAAAUCAGUGAUCUGUGUAGAGGGCAAUAUUGCAAGUGGGAAGACGACAUGCCUGGAAUUCUUCUCCAGCACAACAGACAUUGAGGUGUUAACAGAACCUGUGCCCAAAUGGAGAAAUGUCCGUGGCCAUAAUCCUCUGGGUCUGAUGUACCGUGAUGCCUGUCGAUGGGGCCUCACGCUGCAGACAUACGUGCAGCUCACCAUGCUGGACCAGCACACUCGUCCUCAGACGGCACCUGUACGGUUGAUGGAGAGGUCAAUUCACAGUGCAAGAUACAUUUUUGUUGAAAACCUGUAUAGAAGCGGGAAGAUGCCUGAAGUGGACUAUGUGGUUCUGUCGGAAUGGUUUGACUGGAUCGUGAAGAACAUCGACAUGUCCGUUGAUUUGAUAGUUUAUCUCCGGACCACACCUGAGACCUGUUUCCAGAGGUUAAAAAUGAGAUGCAGAGAAGAGGAGAAGGUCAUUCCACUGGAAUAUCUGGAUGCUAUUCACCACCUCUAUGAGGAGUGGCUUGUCAAAGGAAGCCUUUUCCCUGUGGCAGCACCUGUUCUGGUGAUUGAUGCUGACCACAACAUGGAGAAGGUGUUAGAACUCUUUGAACAAAACCGGGACCGAAUACUAACUCCAGAAAAUCGGAAGCUUGGCCUGUAGGACGGGAAAGGUCUAGAAGAUCAGGCCAGAAAAAUGCCCACAGCAGCCAAGUUAGCUAUUAGGAACAAUUUGGAAAAAUCCAUACUUAGGAAGGCUUUUUCUCUGGCCAUAUUUAUUUUUCUAAUAGUCUUUUCCCUUUGCCAGUGUAUUUAUCAUGGGUCUCUAGCCUUUGUGGGUAAAUGACAAAUGGGACCAAUGGAUUCUUUGUGCUCUUUGGUGUCCGCAGCCUUGCAUUCCCCCUGGUGCCUCUCCUGGUGGCUUCUCACUGCUGGAUCCCUCUGGUGAAGCCAUUAGGAAGAGCACCUGCCAUGUGUCCUGCAUCAUGCUGGGCUCUGUACAGAAUUGUCUUCAGCUCUUCAGACUACCCAGAGGGUGAGGUAGCAGUCUUAUAUCCCAGGUGAGGAAUUUGAAGCUCAGAGAGGUGAAGUGAUUCCACAGGGCCACCCAGCCACUAUACAGUGAAGCUGGCAUCAGUCAGACUUUUGGCCGACUCCAGAAUUUUCUCUUGCCUCAGGCUGCCUCAGCCUGAGAGCUGUUCCUCCACAGUCCUGCCUUGCUGGAGACUCUCACAUCGUUGUAGGGACAGCUGGCAGUAUAUGGAGCCAGUAUCAUCAUUUUCUCAUUAUUGAGCAGUUCUCAAGGAUAGUCAGCAUUUCUAGAUUUUUCUAAAUUUCACAAUUUCAGGAUAGUCCUAUAUUUGGCUGGAGCCCAGCAUUCAGUGGUUUUCCAGCACGCUGAAGUAUCUACCACCUCAUCACUGGACUUCAGUGACCUCAGAAGAAAGCAUUGGUUCCUGCAUGGGGCUCAGUCUUCCUGGGAUAAAGGUCCUGCUUGAACAGCUGCCAAUUUCAUGUCAGGGAAAGAGCUUUUGGUGCUUGGCCUGUUUGCCCAGUGCCAAGCUGGGACAAGGGGUGACCAGCUCUGGCUUCCGAAGGUCCCUGAUUCCCUCAUGUCCUUGUAUGAGGAGCUUCACCAGUUGUUUGUGGCCCAGGGGAAGAGACAUCAGUGGCCUUAAGUCUUUUUUGCAAUGUUUUUCCAUCCAAGGGGACACCUCAGGCCAUAGAGUGUGAAACCAUCUUUAUUGGUUCAGAAAAUAUCGCUUUGCUCAGCUGUGAGAAUGCAUGGAAGGCACAGCUGCCUCUGCAGUCAAGGAAGAAAUGAGAGAGGAAGAACAUUCCCUUGGGGACAGUCUGGACAGGAGAAUUGGGGUUUGCAAACAAGGCUCUGGAAGCAUUGCUGCUGCUGAUGUUUUGGAGGUGGGUGGAGAGAGCUUCAAGAAGACUGGUUGUAAAUCUGGGGAAGGAUUAAUUGUGGACUCUGGAGAAAUAGGCCAAGUCCUCUCACAGCAGUGGCUGGCUAUAGCUGAAGGUACCAAAGCCUCUGCAAGUGUGGGCACCUGUGUGUACAACUCUCUGCCACUAAACAGGUGUCCGGUGCCCCUAUGGCCAGUCCCUGAGAGAGUACUAAGAGUCCAGCUCCUGGUCUUUCUUGUUUGGACAGAUUCUUGGGCUGUGUCAGCAGGAUGAGGGGCAGCAGCCAGGUGGGGACCGUGUCUCUCAGCACCUGUAGCCCAAAUGCCAGUGAUUAACCAGAUAAUUGGGGGAGGCAGGAACCUUUGCUAUCAGGAAUCUUGAUGUCCUGGGGCCAUCUUUGGGAAUUUGUAAAUAAACAGUCCGGUAUUUCCCCUUGGCUCAGUUUGGGGAAAAUGUGAUUUUUGUUUUACUCUGUGGCACUCAGUAAAUCCUUCACCUAAAUCCCGUUGUUGAUUUUGGAGUGUUCCCUGUGCCAGUAAUUUUAGCUUUCUGCAGCAUCCAUUUGCCAGCAGGAUAAUGUGUUUUUAUUUUUUAAAUACCAUAUUUCCUAACCUGCUGUCCUCCCACCCUGGCACUGCAGAGAGGAGGCCAUAGUAGCAGUGGCCAGAGCUGGUCGCAAAAACCUCCCAGCCUAGAGGUCACACCUGAAAUGGCUGGCACCAGCUUGCACAGGGCUGCUGUUCCUGUGCGGCAAGCAGGGCCGGUGGUGGUGGGGGUCAUGGAGCAGUGAUAAACCCUACUAUGACCCAGGGCAGGAUAAGGGCAGAUGAUACACAGUAGGCACAAUGGGGCCUAGUUCUUAGAGUGUGGGGAGGCCCUCCCCAGAGACUCCCAGGAUUGGCCUGGAGGAGCGUGGCAGGGGCUGACAUCUCUGAAGGGCGGAGGGGCCAACCAGGGCAAUGACAUUCCAUAUCUGUUGGCAUCACCCCAUUCUACUCCAAGGCUGGGGUUCCACAGGGCAUAAAGUCAGUACCCCCUGGAGCCACCUCAGUUGCUGUAACUGUUGCUGAUAUUUUUUUAAAAUGUUAAGCAGGGUAUAUAUUUUCUUUCAGUUAGCACUUUAAAACAAUUCCAGUUUACAUUUAAGCUUUUUGAUUUUACGUGUAAAAUAUAUGAUUAGAAAUAUGUUAAAAAUAUUUUAUGUA